AAAGCCGAGGCGGAGCAGGAGGAGCUCACAUGAGUCGGCUACCCACCAGGAAUGUCUCACAACGGGACCACAGAAAACGGAGCGGCCCUCCCCCGGCCCGUCCUGGUACAAGAGGUCAGGUACACCAAGAUCUUCAUCAACAACGAGUGGCGAGCAUCCAGCGCAGGAAGGACCUUUGCGACAUUUAACCCCGCCACGGGGGUCAAGAUCUGUGACGUGCACGAGGCAGACCACGAGGAUGUCAGCAAGGCGGUGGCAGCGGCAAAGGCGGCGCAGCGAAGAGGCUCAGCCUGGCGUAGGAUGGACGCAUCCAGCAGGGGGCGCCUGCUGCACAAACUGGCCGAUUUGAUGGAGAGGGAUCGACUUCUUCUGGCGACUUUGGAGACGAUGGACACGGGGAAGCCCUUCCUGCAGUCCUUCCUGGUGGACUUGGACGGGAGCAUCAGAACGCUCCGAUACUUUGCUGGCUGGGCCGACAAGAUCCACGGAAAAAGUCUCCCGGUCGACGACACCUUUGUGUGUUUGACGCGACACGAGCCCGUUGGCGUGUGCGGCGCCAUCAUCCCAUGGAACUUUCCUCUGCUCAUGCUGACGUGGAAAAUGGCGCCGGCUCUGAGCUGUGGAAACACGCUGGUCAUCAAACCAGCCGAGCAGACGCCGCUAAGCGCUCUCCAUGUCGGCUCCCUCAUCAAAGAGGCCAACUUCCCACCGGGCGUGGUCAACAUAUUGCCAGGAUUGGGACCCACAGCCGGCGCCGCCAUCGCCAGUCACAUGGACAUCGACAAAGUGGCCUUCACGGGGUCCACGGAGGUUGGUCAGCUGAUUAAAGAGGCGGCGGCCAGAAGUAAUCUGAAGCGUGUGACGCUGGAACUGGGCGGGAAGAACCCCUGCAUCGUGUUUGCGGACUGCGACUUGCAGCUGGCGGUGGAGGAGAGUCAGAAAGGAGCGUUCUACAACCAAGGCCAGUGCUGCACGGCGGCGUCACGCGUCUUCGUGGAGGAGAGCAUCUACGAGGAGUUUGUGCGUCGCAGCGUGGAAAAUGUUAAAAAGAUCGUGAUGGGGGACCCUCUGGAUCCUUCCACUUCACAUGGUCCUCAGAUCGACAGGAAGCAGUUUGACAAGAUCAUGGAUCUGAUCGAAAGCGGCAAGAAGGAGGGAGCGCGUCUGGAGUGCGGAGGAGGAGCAGCAGCAGCGAUGGGCGAGGACGGGCUCUUCAUCGCCCCCACCAUCUUCUCGGCUGUGAAAGAUGACAUGCGCAUCGCCACACAGGAGAUCUUUGGUCCGGUCCAGUGCAUCCUGAGCUUCAAAAGCCAGCAGGAGGCGAUAGAGAGGGCUAACAGUUCACAGUACGGCCUGGUGGCGGCGCUCUUCAUCUCCAGUGUGGACCGAGCUCUGUCUGUGUCGGCCGCCCUGGAUUGCGGCACCGUCUGGGUGAACUGUUACAACGCUCUUCAUGUCCAAACGCCAUUUGGAGGCUUCAAGAUGUCAGGAAAUGGACGAGAGCUGGGAGAGUACGCUCUGGCUGAGUAUUCCGAAGUGAAGGCCAUCACCAUCAAACUCAAUGAAACUCUGUGACGGCAGUCAAGCUUCACGACAGACCACGCCCUCCACCGAUCAGACCACGCCCUUCACCACCUUAGCCCGAAUGUGCCUGUAAUUCACUACUUCACUAUUUGUAUGAAUAAUAAUUACAACAGUAAAACAAUAACAAAUCACAUUGGUGCUGUGAAACAUGCAUAUGUAUUUUUGUCUACAAUAGUUUGAUAUUUAAAUAGACUCUUUAAUUAUAAUAAAGAACU